AUGAAGGCUUUCUGUAUGAAUUUCAGUUGCUUCAGGCGCCGCCGCUGCGACUGCAGCAGCGAUGAAGAAGAGGACUCCUCCUCCCAAUCAGCCAUUUCCCUAGUUGACGUGCAACCCAAGGUCGGGACGAAAGCACCUCCCAUACCCACUUAUCCUGAGAAGGCGGCAGACAAAGCCCCAAAGCCACCUAAAGGAAAGCCACUCAAAGUGCUAAAACCAUUGAAGCCAGGUAAAGUCCAGAAGUCAUCUUCACCCAAAAAGAAUAUUAAAUUUACGACGCCCAAAAAGGUCCCUGACAGCAGCAGCGAUGAGCAAUUCACCCCACGCCCAUCGCCACUAUUUCAUUCUCAGACGGGCAUCACACCUGAAAUGAGUGAUGUCGACAUUGGCAGUUCUGAAAAGAGUGAUACUGACUUGCAAGAGACCGAGCAUCGCUAUUCGGCCUUCUCUUCAGAGGAUUUGUUGGACCAGUCUCUAGAGGAUAUCCUGGCCUACUCUGCGGGCCUUGUCAACCCUAUGCACCCUAUCCCACGAAAGAAGACUAACACCAAGACCCUCAACCCUGAAAGUGAGUCCGAGUCCUCAUCGGAUGAUGUUCACUUGUACUUGGAUUCUUCGAGGCACCCUCAUGCUUCCGAUCCCUCGGCGGACAGCCAGCCCUCUAAUAGCAGGAAGCGGGCAAAUGUCGAGGAGUCUGAGUCUCCAGCUAAGCGUGUGCGUCUCUUGGAGAAAGGACAUACAGGAAAUCUGACGGAUGAGGAGAUGAUGGAGUUGGGUAAGAGCUGGCCGAGUCCCCCUUGGGGGCUACUACCCUGGGGAACAAGAAGAAGAGGACCUGUGCUACCACGAGGUCAAUCACCAGAAGGAGAUUGGGGAUCAUGGCCAUGUCUGAGAUCUUCGAGCCCAGGGGUACCUUUCGGACCAAAACUAUCUUCUCCGAGACUACUACCUUCUCCGAUGUCAAUAUCCAGUAACGAUGGCUCCUUCCUGACACUCGACGGCUUGUAUAGCAUGCCUGAUGAAGCAACCGUCGCCGCGUACCGACGAAAAGGUGCUCAACUGAUAGCUUGGUUAGAACACCCAAACGAACCAAACUGCAAUAUUGCCCCAGCAACGGCCUCCCUACAAGACCUGUUCAACGCCACACCACCAGAUCAUUUCGAACUCGGCAACACUCAUUUCACAGAUCCAGGCGACGUUAUGGUCGGAGGCGAACCGGAGACGGUGGGGCUCAUUCCCUUUGGUUCCCAUUACCGCCGUGUAGCGAUUUCAAACAAGGUCACGGACCCGGUAGUCCUCGCGGAAAUUGGUCGUGAUCACGCAAGUAAUGGUUACAGUCAACUAAUUGGACCGGGACUUCUUAUAGCCUAUGCUAUCUUUAGGUACGAUAACAUUCAGUGGAAUGUGGCCGCCAGGGCUGUAUACAUGAUAGACCAUGAUAUGGAAACUUUGAAGUAUAUUAUGUUUCACCAUGUCGUCAAUGAGGAGACCCAACCAUAUAUCCUCCGGAUACUCUACCCCGAACGUGGACUUGAGUUUGAUCAGAUGGACGGGGGGCCAUGUGUGAAAGUCGAACGUGGCACCCGUGAAUUUGAGGAACUGAUCGGCACAAAGUUGGGUAAAGCAGCUGCCAUCCUUCUCAUAUCAUCUCUCCCAAGAGGUACGAGACGUAUCGCUCGAGCAGUCAUUUGGAAUUCUGCUUACAAAGUUCAGGUAAGAUUCGAGAUUGAGUCCACUAAUCCAGAUGAGGAAAUACCUAGAGCUGAGCUACGACCGGGAUUCGAAUUUGGACGUGAAAUACCUGCAGAGCUUGCAGCUUUUGAAGAAGAAAUUGAUGAUAAUGGAUCAUCUAGAGCUCUCAGAUCAUCAGAGUCUGAUGAAUAUGUAGGAAGCGAAUGUUGGGAUGAAUGA